AUGAACAGUCACACCAAUGAAUCGACGACUGUGCAGGCUACUCCAAAUGUCCGCGAUGAGUAUCAAUUGCUUUCACAGGCACAGGUGGGCGCCUGCCUCAAUGCCCUUGGCUCAGGCAUGUCACUUCUAUUAAGACCGGAGGUCUUACAUAGUCUUAAUGACGAAGCAAGGUCAGCCCUGACGUUCUUCUCGGAGGGCAUCCAUUUAUUGUCCGACCACCAUUAUCGCCUUUCUCUAACCGGAAGGGCCUUCACCAAACCUUUCUUAAACAUUAUUGGUAAAAAUGCCGCGGACUCUGCUCCCAUCGACGAGUUUCUGUUUGGUCAGAAUUUCGCCGAGACUCUCAAGGCAGCGCAGGCGUGUGAGAAGACCGGAUGUGAGUUAGCCAGAUUACACCUCAGGUGGGGAAAAAGACUUUACAACCUGUACGUCAGGCAACUCAGCCGCAAAACCAGCCCGCUCCGGCCAAACCAGUUUUUUCGGGAAACCGGAGGCCUUCUGUUUGUCCUUCGUCGGCUCGCCAAACAGGAGCUCCCAGCUCCUAUUAUAAAAGCCGCCCCCAUCGCUCCCAGUCUCGGUCCCGAACUCGACGCCACCACUAAAUAA